AAGAUAAGAGACAUAUAUAUAUAUAUAUAUUCUGAUGAAGAAUUCGAAUUGGGUCUUUUAGCUAAGGAUUAGGUUUCAUUUUCUUUCAACACCACAAAUAACAAGGAAAAAAGGAGGCGACGGCAACGGCGACGCAGGAGCUCGGCUGGGUUCUUCUCGGCGACGGCGACGGCGACGGCGACGCAGGGGUUCGGUUGUGUUCUUCUCGGCGACGGCUGCAAGUGGUGCCAACCAGGACCUUCAAUCUCACCUCUCCGGCAAACGAUCUGUUAUUGAUUUCAAUAAGAAGGACCUUGCCAAUCCCAAUAUCAUAAAUGGGUUCGUCAUUUUGAAUCGUUCCAACAAGAUUGUAUUCCCAUAAGUGCACACAGGUUUGUGAAAGAUUCAGUGGUUGGAGAAGAGCGCAUUGCCCAGUCCUUGCAGUUUAAAUACCCAAGGGACUCGUUUUCAUUGGAAGCACUGGAACAACAGGAGAGCAGAAGUUCGAGAAGAAUGGGCGAUGUCAUUUUUACAAUUGAGGAGCCAAACUAAUUUUGGUUAUACUACCUGUGAAGGAUAAUGGAGAGGUCAGCCUUCUUGGAUUUAGAGGCGAUGUUAUAAAGAGUUGUGUAGUCUUACAUGGAUUCAGAAACCAGAUGGAUAAUGGCACAAUAUAUGUCACUGGACAGCCAAGGAGAACUUCUGGGAUUAUAUUUAUAGCAGUCCGAUGCUUUUUGUCGAGGGGGCACGCUUCACACAUGCUUCUCAUACACCAUUUGGUUAAAGAGGUAGCACCAGCAGCAAGGAGAAGGAAUGCAAAUCUGUCGUAUGCUUUUGUGUAUCCAGAUAAACAUGCUCGUUUUUUGGUGAGAGAGUUUCAUGUGAUAUCCCAGCCAAUGGUUUGGGCUUGAUCUUUGUAAGAUUUGUCUUAUACUAUACGUUGUCUGCUCCGAACCUCCUACACAAAAUCUACUAAUCUAGUGUAGAGAGCCAGUGUUCAAUCAUGUCCUGCAAAGAUAUGAAACUUGCAAGACCCAUUACACGGUGCUACGCUUCAUUUGCUCUGGAUCAACCUAAGAAUUUAAUGUCCAUAAGCUCCAUCAAGGAGCUCCACGCUCGCUUAAUCAGAGGAAAUCUUCACAAAGAUCCAUAUUCAGUCUCUGAGGUUAUCAAAGCCUAUGCUUUAUCUCUUCUAAAUUUGGACAAAGCCCAUUUAGUUUUUGACCUUAUCGAGCGACCCACUUUGUUUGUUUGGAAUAAUAUGAUCCGUGGACUGUCGCAGAGCGACCAGCCGAGGAAAGCUAUUGACAUGCAUAACCGUAUGUAUAGCCAAGGAUUGAUUGGGGACAAUCUUACCUUUCUUUUUGUUCUCAGGGCUUGUGCUAGAGUUUAUGAUGUUUUACAUGGCCAAAAGAUUCACGUUCAUGCUGUGAAACUUGGUUUUGAGACCUAUCUUUUUGUUGGAAAUGCUCUCAUUCAUAUGUAUUCUUCAUGUGGUAAAUUGGAUUUUGCGCAGAAACUGUUCGACGAAAUGACUGAGAGAGAUUUGGUCUCUUGGAACUCAUUGAUUUGUGGGUAUACGAAAUGGAAUCGGUUUAAGGACGUUUUGGGUCUUUUUGAGACAAUGCAGGUGGCAGAUGUGAGGCCUGAUUCUGUGACAAUGAUGAAAGUUAUUUUAGCAUGUAGUUACUUGGGCCAAUAUGGAGUCGCAGACUCUUUAGUGAAACAUAUAAAGGCUAAUCAUGUUAAUGUGGAUGUUUUCUUGGGAAACACAAUAAUCGAUAUGUACGGACGGCGUAGCUUGGUGAUGUUAGCGCGGGAAGUAUUUGAUCAAAUGCGUGAACGGAACAUUGUUUCAUGGAAUGCUUUGAUUGUGGGAUAUUUAAAGGUAGGGAAUUUAGUUAUUGCAAGGGAACUUUUCAAUGAGAUGCCCAAAAGGGAUGUGGUAUCGUGGACUGCUAUGAUCACUGGCUACUCUCAAGCUAACCGACAUACUGAAGCAGUGAGACUUUUUCAAGAAAUGAUGGCAGCUAAGGUGAAACCAGAUGAAAUAACGAUAGCUAGUGUGAUUUCAGCUUGUGCUCAUCUGGGGUCACUGGAUGUUGGAGAGGCUAUCCAUGAAUACAUAUUUACUCAUGGUGUGAGAGCUGAUAUUUGGGUUGGAAACGCUUUAGUCGAUAUGUAUUGCAAAUGUGGAGUGGCUGAGAAGGCGUUAAAAGUGUUUCAGGAGAUGAAAACGAAAGACUCAGUGUCAUGGACUUCAAUUAUUUCAGGUCUUGCCGUGAAUGGUUUUGCAAAUUUGGCACUUGAAAUCUUCUCGCAAAUGUUAAAAGAGGGCAGACAACCAACUCACGGAACCUUUGUUGGGAUUUUUCUAGCCUGCGCUCACACAGGAUUGGUAGAUAAGGGGUUAAACUAUUUUCAAACUAUGGAAAAGGUUUAUGGACUCAAACCAGAAAUGAAACACUACGGGUGUGUUGUGGAUCUCUUGAGCCGCUCUGGCUAUCUUGAGAAGGCAUACGACUUUAUAAUCAAAAUGCCUGUAGUUCCAGAUGCUAUUGUUUGGAGAAUUUUGUUGAAUGCUUGUAAACUUUAUGGAAAUGUGGCCCUAGCGGAGGUUGUUACAAAGAAGCUUCUUGAAGUGGAUCCUUGCAAUAGUGGGAAUUAUGUUCUUUCAUCAAGUACUUAUGCUGGUAUUGAGAGAUGGGAUGAUGUUGAAAAAAUGAGACAAUUGAUGAACAAGAAUAAUGUGCAGAAGUCAUUUGGUUAUAGCUCCAUCGAAGUCAAUGGUUUAACAUCAAAUUAAUAAUUAGAUCAACAUUUUAUUCGACAAAGGAAAGUUACACAUACAAGUACGAAUUUGGCACAUCAAUUCAGAUAAUGUGGUGGAGUUGGGUGGAAACAAAGAUGUCAGUGCUAAUGGAGUUAUUCUGAAAACUAAUUUGGUGAGUUCCUAGAGAUUAAACAUAAUCUUAAUGGCAUUACUCCAUCAACACUAGUUUCAGAAGCAACAUCGAUCUCUUUUUGUGAGAACCCAAAUUGUGAGUUAUCAGUGGCUUUACAUCAAUCUUACAAGUCCUUAACAACUCGAUGCAGUGUGGCCAGGGGUAAUAGCUUACCACCUACCAGUAGCAUGGGUAAUGGGGGCAGACAUCUUACUCUUAGAUAACCCAAUGAGGCAAACUUUCCCACCUGAAUGAGUAGCAUUCAAAGCUGUUGACAUGGUUUUCUUAGAACCAACACAAUGAAAAGCUCACAUCAAUGUUGGAACCCGUAGCAUUUUGUAUCUCCUCCACAUCUUUACUUACAUCCUAUUUAAGAUAUUUGUUAAAAAAGAUUCAAAGAUUCCAAGGAAAGUGAUAGGAAUGACCUGCAUAAAUGGUAAGAACAGAGGCAAAAUACCCAGAAAAUGGAAGAUAGCAAUCACUGUAUUAUGGAAAUAAUGGAAGAUAUCAAUCACCGUAUUAUGGAAAUAAUAGGAUUUCGAGAGCCUAUUUCUCUCCAAAAGUCACAACUCACACCAAUAUUCUUCACACACCUAAAAUGAACAUUCCUCUAGAUAAACUAUUUCCCUCGGUACAUCAGAGUAUCCUACACCUCACCUUACUCAAGUCACUCCCCUUUAACUAACUUUUACAUUAUUCCCAUCAGGUGCCAACUUGUCACUCUUCUUCCCCUUCUCUCUCCUAGUGUAAACAUAUGUAAUUAGGGGCCUAUCAAUACCCCUGACCAAAGUUUCACCUUGUUCUCAAGGUGGAAAUGAGGAUAUUGUUCUUGAAUGAUCUUGAAAUCUUCCCAAGUGGCUUCAAUGGCAGGCAAGUUUGUCCAUUGGAUUAGAGCCUGUGGGAAGGUCUUUUGGGUGCCUGGUCGGACAUCCAGGAGGCGUUCGGGCUCAAGUCCACUCCAACUCCGCAGAUAAAUCAGGUGGCAAGGCAGCAGCUUGUUGAUGAGGACCCAAAGCAGCUUGCAGUACGGAGACGUGAAAGACUGGGUGAAGCAAAGACCCUGGUGGUAACUGAAGUUUAUAAUUUGCUACUAUGACUGACCCAAAUAUUGCUACAAACCUAUCUUAGUGUUCUAUAAUAAAUGAAGAAAUUGAUUAAAUUUAUUUGGGCUCUUUUGAUGUUACAUUACUGGGGAACCUAUGAUGAAAUUCUGCUGAUUAAUCACAAUUGCUUCAUAAAGGCGGGGAUGACAUUCUCCUAUGGAAAUGGAAGAUUAGAUGAUGGCAAAGCAUUAGCUGAACUUGGGUUUCAGGCCCAAAUAUGUAGUGGCGCUCAAAGAACCCAUCCUUGCAUGAAGUUAGUCUCAGAAGCAGACAAGGUCUUUGGUAUAAUACUAUUGGAUGUUCCUUCAGCUGGGACAUACUGAUGAUAUCUGUUCAAAAUGAAACAAGGCAAGUACCGUUAAAACACAAAUUAUUAUACUUGAUCAUCCUUAAUUUGGCAACCCUAAUUAAUUAUCAAAUAACUACGCAUUGAAACAAGGACUGGUCACUUUAUUAUUUACCCUAUUUGCAAGAUGGGUUCCGAAGGGUGCUGGCAGUCCAUUGUGAUGUUGCUUUGAGAAGAAGUAUGCAAAGCAAAGCUGGUGCUUCCAGACGCCACGUUAGAGUUCCACAUGUUUUGAAUGGCUUUCAGGUUUUGUCCCUCUGCGUCAAGCUGAUCAAAUCAAACAAACAUAUCACACACUAGCUAAUCAAACUAUAUGAUGCUUAUAUUUACUUAUAUAUAAUACAAGCACGUCUAUAUACAUAAUAUGUGUGUGUAUGUGUAGUGUUUAGCACAACCUUAAUCUUAAGCUGCUUGUUAAGGUCUCCAAGUUGACGCUCCUACCAAAGUGAAGCAGAGAACCAUUGAAAAGUUAAUUAUUUGAUCACAGUAAAAAAAAAUAUCUAUAUUGAUUAAAAGAGAUAGCUAGGAUAUCCAAUCCAAUGAUUAAUAUUGUGUGUUAAUUAUAAACACAUAUUGAAGAGUAAUG